AUGGGCGGAGACUCGGGAACGAACUCCGUGGUCUCUGGGACGGACGAGGCUGGCAACACAAGCUCUGGGGCAGAAGAGGCUUCUAGCUCGUUGGCUGUGGCAGGCGUGGGCAUAGGCUCGUUGGGCGUGGCAGCACUGAGCUGUCCUCUUUCAUAUGUUUCUAAAUUUACAUCUUAUUUUCUCUCCCUGUCUCCGUACCUGCUCUCCUGCCGUACGCCACUGAAGGAAGUCGAGGAUGACUAUAUCCGUACACUGAAAGAUCCACAGACUUCUGAUGAAAGUGUUGAUACCACUAAGGAUCCAUGUCAGAAGGUGAAAUGCAGUCGUCAUAAGGUGUGUGUUGCCCAGGGUUACCAGAAAGCCAUGUGCAUCAACCGCAAGAAACUGGAACACAAGAUCAGACAGUCUGAACUGAAGCCACAUUCUAACAGCUGUAAACCCUGUUCAGUGACGUCCUCAACUCCUGUGUGUGGAUCAGAUGGACAUAACUAUUCAUCACAGUGUAAAAUGGAGCAGCAGGCGUGUUUGUCGGGUAAGGGAGUGUCUGUGUUGUGUUCUGGUUUAUGUCCUUGUGUCAGUGCUAGAGUUCCUAAACCAGAACCCAAGAUCAAGAUUGAUCCAGAGACUUCAGCUGAAUCCAAACCAGUGUCUGUAGAGAUGUGUACUGGUCAGGAUUUGGCGGAUCUGGGUGACAGGCUCAGAGACUGGUUUCAGCUUCUUCAUGGCAAUGCGAAGCAGAACAACUCUGGAAGACAGAGCACAACAUCAGUGUUUGACAGGGGUCACGUGGCUGGCUGUAAGGACUCUAUCGGCUGGAUGUUCUCCAAGCUGGACACCAGUAAUGACCUGUUCUUGGAUCAUUCCGAGCUGGCUGCCGUAAACCUGGAGAAAUAUGAAGUGUGCAUCAGACCUUUCUUCAACUCCUGUGACUCCUACCGAGAUGGCAAAGUUUCCACAGCAGAGUGGUGUCUGUGUUUCUGGAGAGAGAAACCUCCAUGUCUGCUUGAGAUCGAGAGGAUCCAGAUACAGGAAGCAUCUACAAGAAAACCAGGUAUGUACAUCCCCAGCUGCGAUGAAGAUGGCUAUUACAGGAAACUGCAGUGUGACCGCAGUCGAGGCGAGUGUUGGUGUGUAGAUCCGCAUGGAACAGAGGCCACAGGGUCACGUAUCCAUGGAAACCCAGACUGCGAUGAUCUGGUCAGUUCUGGAGAUUUCAGCAGCGGCGUCGGAUGGGAGGAUGAAGAGGAGAAAGAGACGGAGGAGAACGCAGAGGAGGAAGAGGAGGAGGAGGAGCCGGGUGAGAGUGAUGAUGGAGGAUACAUCUGGUAAAACAUCUACACGUGACACGUGUCCAUGAGCGCUGCAGAUCAACUUGUCCACAGACAAACCAGCUGUUUUCUUUGAUUUUUGACGCAUUCAAACCAGAUUUAACAGGGUAGUAUGUUUAAUCCGAGAUGAUUUAUGCAAAAGAACUUGUUCUUCAUGGUAAAUAACUUCUGGAGAGCAGGUUAAACACUCACCUGUUUAGCUGUGCAUGUGGCUAUAGCCAGAGUUUCGUGUGCAUUUGAUAUGUUUGCAUUACAGGAAUUUCUAACCUAGAUUAUUAGCUGUAGAAUAACGCAGUAUCUCACUCACAGUUGCGCUGUUGUUCUGAAUGUCAGCAUGACUGUGAUUUUAGGUAAUCACCACAGAGAGAUUGUGAGUGUGAUACUGUUUUUAUACAGCAGUUCUGUGAUGUACAGUUAGUCGCUCAUUAAUUGCGUUUAAUAAUAUAGCGCAACAGUGCCUGCCCACUUUUUCAGCUGUGUUUUUGAUUUUGUCUUUUUUUUUUUUUUUUUUACAAAAUCCUUCAUUAAAAGAGUUGUAAGUAUCACAAUUUUGAUUUUAAUUAAAAAAAAAGUACAGUGGCAAGAAAAAGUAAGUGACCCCCUUGGAUUUAAUAACUGGUUGAUUCUCCUUUGGCAGCAAUAACCUGAACCAAGUGUUUCCGGUAGCUGCGGAUUAGACCUGCACAAUGUUCAGAAGGAAUUUGGGAUCAUUCUUCCUUACAGAACUGCUUCAGCUCAGACAUAUUCUUAGUAUGUCUGGUGUUGAACAGCUCUCUUGAUGUCAUUCCACAGCAUCUCUAUUGGGUUAAGGUAUAGGCUCUGACUGGGACACUCCAAAAGGUGAAUUUUCUUUUUUUGAACCCAUUCUGUAGUGGAUUUACUUCAAUGUUUAGGGUCAUUGUCCUGCUGCAUCACUCAGCUUCUACUGAGCUUCAGCUGGUGCACAGACACCCUGACAUUAUCCUGUAGGAUAUCUUGAUAAACUUGAGAAUUCAUAUUUCCCUCAGUGAGGGCAAGUGGUCCAGGCCCCGAACCAGCAAAGCAGCCCCAAUUCAUGAUGCUCCCUCCACCGUACUUCAGUGUUGGAAUGCGGCGCCCUUUUUACGCCAUACAUAUUGCAUAUCCUAAACAAUUCCAACUUAGUUUCAUCAGUCCACAAAACAUUUUCCCAGUAGCAUUGUGGAGUGUCAAGGUGGUCUUUGGCAAACUUCAGGUGCGCAGCAAUGAUUUUGUUGGAAAGCAGCGGCUUCAUUCGUGACGUCCUGCCAUGAACACCAUACCUGUUUAAUGUUUUCCGUAUAGUAGACUCAUGAACAGAGAUGUUAACCAGUUCCAGUGAUUCCUUCAAGUCUUUAUCUGUCACUCUAGGGUUCUUUUAUACCUCAUUGAGCAUUCUGCGGUGUGCCCUUUGAGUCAUCUUGGCUGGAUGGCCACUUCUAGUGAGAGUACCUAUAGUACUAAAUCAUCUCCAUUUAUAGACAGUUUGUCUAACUGUGGACAGAUGAAUAUCUAAUCUCUUCAAGAUAACUUUGUAACCCUUUCCAGCUUUAUGCAAAGCAAACAUUCUUGAUCGUAGGUCUUCUGUGAUCCCUUGGUCCACGUCAGCGGAUACUUGUUGUGAAUAGCAAACUCAAAAUGUUUGAGUGCUUUUUAUAAUCAGAGUAGCUCUAACCCACACCUCCAAUCUCGUUUCAUUAAUUGGAUGCCAGUUUUUCCAACUCCUGACUCUAAUUAGCUUUUGUUGACAUCAUUAGCCUAGGGGUUCACAUACUUUUUCCAACCUUCAAUGUGAAUGUUUGAAUGAUGUAUUCAGUAUAUAAAAGAACAAUACAAUAAUGUGUGUGUUAUUAGUUAAAACAGAUUCUGUUUGUUCAUUAUUGUAACAGAUGAAGUUCAAACCAGAUUUUAAGAUGAAUUUAUACAUAAAUGCAAGUAAUUCCAAAAGGGGUCACAUAUUUUUUCUUGCCACUUUAAGUGUAGAAUCAAUAUAUUUUAAGUUCAAUGAAAAAUAUUCAGAUAUAUACAAAUAUAUUAGUAGUUUGAGCAUGUAGAGAGAGUAACUCGAUUGUGUGAUUCACAGUGCAUCAUGGGAGUGGGCGGUCACUGCAGAGUUCUUUUGGCGCACUUUGUUUGCCUUGUUUCUUUUAUUGGUGGAUUUUUCCCCCCUCAGGAUCAUGGGUAGUGUAGUUCUUCACCAGGAACUCCACUAUUAAACAUGAUUUCAGCAAAUAUCAUCGAUGAACAACUUCGGAGUUCAUGGAACAAACUAUUGUAUAAUUUUCUUGAACACGAAUGUACCGCUUUUAUUAUUUAAUUUGAAUGUGCAUUUACUCAAUGUUUCUGUCCUGUUUAUUAAAACCUGUGCGUCUCCAUGGAUACUUAAGAAUGAAAUGCCACAAAAGUGAAAUGCUAUAAGUUGCUGAAUGUAAUUGUUCUCGGUUUUUGAAUAUUUUUUGAAGUAUUGCAUGAUCAUUCACAACAAACAACUCUAGAUGUAUUAUGUUCAGAUAGUGACACUACCUAAAGGUUGCGUGGUAACAUCGGCAAAAUGUGACCUCUAAAUGUGUGAAAUAAAAUGUUGUAAAUAAUUGAA